AUGGCCAAAAAUCGUCGCCAAGUUCCAUACAACACGUAUGUGCAGCGAGAGCGUCAACAACGCUUCUAUGAGCGGCACAAGACGCAUGCGCGUUUCAAGCGCUUGCAACGCCAUGAGGAGCGUCACAACAGCGGCUCGCCGGCACUGCUGGAACGCGUGCUGACAGAGGGAGCUGAUGAAGUGGACGCAGACUACGAACGGCGCCUGGAACUGACUGGCUUGGGAACUACAGGUGUGGCCAGUGCAGGCCCUUCAUCGGCAGCAAAGGAGAAAGCUCCACGCCGAGGAAAGAAGAGGCGACGAGAGAAGGAGGUUGUUUCGGAACCAAAGGUGACUGAGAAGCCCGAAGCAGGAGAGGCAGCCAGAAAGCCCACGGAAAAGAAGAAAUCACGCGGAAAGAAAGCGAAGGCGUCUCAAGCAACUCGCUUUCAAAGGGAGUUGAAAGCCUAUGAAGAAGCCCAAGCGGCCAAAGCAGCCGCCAUCCAUCAACGCGAAGAGGAGAAGCGGGAAAGAAACCGCAAGAAGAAGCAGACCGCAAAGGAGCGUGCCCUGACUGGUAAGCUGUUGGCCAAGAGGAAUGUGAAAGGCCAACCCUCCCUGCGGAGUUUGCUGGAGAUCGUCACCUCAAAGCUGGAGUCGGAAUCCCCCAAGGUCGCCGCCAAAAACAAGGCCGACAGCCUGUCGGCGCCGCACAAGGCGCGUGGAUUUGGACGUCGGCCCCGAGCACCUGUCUGCGGAGGUUGCCGGGCAGUCGCUCGGAUCAUUGCCUUGCUGCGCUCUGGUCACCUCCAGGGGCAGCAAAGGCGGGUGGUAGAGGUCUUGAGGGGAGCCGCGGGUGAGCUCUCAGACCUGGCCGAGGCGUGCAAUCCCAAGGGAAGGGAAUCGGCCAGCCACCUGGGGAAGGAGGAGACGCAGGGCCUUACCUCCGGGCCUACACUUCCUGCAAAGGAAGCAGAAAAAGCAGGAGACGAUAGCCUGUACUCUGAGGAGGACUCUGAGGAGGAAGAAAAGGAGACAGACACCCCGGUUGUGGAAAAGGUCAAAGAGGAGAAAACAGAGGACGCAACUCGUGAGAGUUCAGUCCGGGAAGCAGUGGCAUCUGCUCCUGACACCGGUCCGAGGCCAGAAAGGGACAGGUCUCAGGACAAGCAAGAACAGAGGAAGAAAGAAGGGCACGCCCAGAGUGACGACCGGAGGGAGACGGUUAAGAACGCUCCUGGGUCGAACAAGCAGGCACGAAGAGAAGAGAGGAGGACGCGAAAAGGAGAGGCUGCAGAGAGGGACCAGGCCUUCUUGACAAGCCACUUGGCGCUUUACCCAGCUCCCAAAGCGUCGACUUGUCGGGACCGGCGUCCUGUGGCGCACAAGGGAUCGAGUCGGGAGGAGGUUGACGCUCCUGACGGUCGAGGGUCUCACCGCCCGUUGACUCCUGAGCGGAGGCCGGAGGCCGAAGCUGAUCGGGAAGACGACGUGGACAGUGAGGGGCGCAGGCCCAUCCCACGGCGACCGGCCAAGCGAUCCAGGUCCCGAGAAAGAGGGACCAAGGGGGCCAAGAAGCGACAGCGGGCCCGUGAGUUCACCCGCAAGAAGAUUGAGGCCGGCGGGGGUGAGGCGCCGGCCAGCCGCUCUAGCGGUGGCGCCCCGGCCCCGGGCAGAAGGAGAGGCGCACUAAGAAGGCCAGCCGCGGCAGAAGAGGCGGAGGACCCGUGGAGUGCGGGGCAGGAAGUGGACCUGCAUCGUAUUCCUCUGGGGCAGCUUCGACCAGGGUUAUCCUUGGUUGUCACCCAGGGGGACUACUUUGGAGCACCGACCAAAGUUGCAGGUACGAUAGCCCGAGUCCAAGUGGAAAGGGAUGCUGUCUACGUCUGCCUCGACCUGACGGGGACGGACUCCGAAAACGUCCUACGAGCCCACACGGGGGACAAGACACAGCAGUUCAGGCUGCACCUCUGCCCACCGGGGUGCAGCCAGAUCGAAAGCGGCGACUUCCUCGUACACGCCCUGAGAGGACGACAGACCAAGGCAGAGGGCGAAGAAGGCUGGGUCCGGGCGUUAGCUCCCCCGCGCGAGGGCGGAGAGGACGAUCUGGCCAAACUGAGGGAGAGGGAGCAGGAGCUCCUGCGAGAGCGGCGACCCCGGGAAGAUGUGGCACCCGGGGGCGACCUCGAAGUCCGACAGCAGGCAGAAGAGAGGGAUCACAAGAAGUCAAAGAAGGACAAGAAAAAGAAGAAGGACAAGACCGAAGAGUUAGUCAGCGGUCGGAAAGCGGGCAAGGCGGUCCAAAAGGACUUGAGCCUCUUAUACGCCGGCACGGGCCUCGACCCCAGGGAGAAGGUCCGAAAACGGGUGUUGAGGCGUGCCCGAAAGCUGGCCUCGCGCAAAAAGAGGCGGUCCAGCUCCAGCAGCAGCCCCGACAGCAGCGAGACCAGCAGUUCGACGGGGUCAGCUGGUGCGGGCCAGGACGGCGUGUUUUCCGAGGAGACGAAGACCAAGGUGAUCGCCGAGCGCUAUCCGGGAGACUUGGGUUUGGAAACGCUCCUGAGCAUGCGUCGCAGCUUGCUGACAACAGCGGGCGAAGAAAGCGACCAAAAGGACACAAGUCCAAUAGCUUUCCUCUACUUCCGGAAUGUCCUGGCGAAAAAGGCAAGUGGACCGCAAGCAAGAGAGUUAUUGACGCUGGCAACUACGAUAGACACCCUACUCAGAGGGAAGACAGCGCUGGCGGUCGAUAUACUUUGCCAGCGUCUAAAGGCCCAGGAGGCAACGUUGGCUGGUACCCACUGGGCAGUGGCCCAGAAAGUGGAGCUCGCGUCUGGAGAGACCACGGCUCUUCUCGCGAGGGGGGAACUUCAGUCAGCCCAGAAGGAGAGCUACUUGGACGCUCGGGCCAAGUGGCAAAGUCAGUCCUCCGGGAUCAAGGGAGCCCCCAAGGGCAAGACGAAAGGCAAGGAUCAUCAAGGGAAGGACGACAGGAAGGACGAGAACAGGCGAUGUCUUCUCCAGUUGCUUCAGCCGUACGCGCUGAGGGAAAUGUUUCUCCCGUUGGAAGUGACACAGCUGCCGACCCGUUUGAACUCCCUGUGGGGGAAUGAGUUGCACUUUGAUGGCGAUGUCAACGAUGUGACCAAGAGCUGUUUGGAUUGGAUUGUGAAAGACAUUGUGCGGUUUGUGUCCCUGUCUGGCAAGCUUGAACAGUUUGACUGGGACGGGUUCUUUAGCACUCGAGGGAUCGAUUACAAAGGAGAUGAAAUCAAGACGGCAAGAGAGUUUACCUGGCGUAACAUAGCUCCAGCUUUGCCCAAAGAAGUUGGCUGUGUGCCGUUGGCGGAGGUGUGUACUCUAGGAGCCCGUCAUUAUGUGGAAAACCUUGACCUCUUUAUCAGACCACCCGAACGGUGGGAAAAACGCAGACCCCCACGCGUCAUGGUGGCUGAGGCCGCCUGGGCGGAAGUGUGCACUGGCUUGGUGCGGGCUGGUGUCUGCACUUUCUUAAGGUCCAGUGAAGUUUUCCAGGUGGAUGGACAGCCAUUGUUAAAUGGCCUCUUUGGAGUGACCAAAGACGAAUGGGUGGAUGGCUGUGAGGUCUUUAGGUUAAUAAUGAACUUAACCCCCUUUAACGGCAUCGCCGAACCGCUGAAAGGCGAUGUCGACACAUUGCCAAUGUGGUCCUUGAUGAACCCGUUCUUCCUACAACCGGACGAAAGCUUGCUUAUCAGUAGCGAGGAUGUACGGUGUUUUUUCUACACCAUGUCUGUUCCUCCGGCUUGGUACAAGUUUAUGGCUUUCAAUCGUCUCGUUCCUGCAUGUUGUCUCCCUGCUGACAUGAGGGAUGACGAGGUCUACCUGGCGUCACGGGUACUCCCGAUGGGAUUCGCCAAUUCAGUCAGCCUCGCUCAGCAUGUCCACCGGAACUUGACACUCUGGAGCAGUGACCAGCCGGCUGGGUCUGGCACUGAAGUGGCCGCUCCAGAGGCCGAAAUCCGGAAGGUCUGGGACAUCCCCCGCAACACCAAGAAAGCCGUGGAACGAGGUCAGCUUGCAGAGGUUCAGGGGGCGCAGGUAGACGGGUGCUUGGGUGUGGCCUACCCGCGGGAGAGUAAACUCCUGAAGUACCUGGCAGCUACAUUAUCUCUGUUGGAGCUUCCAACGGUCACCCAAAAGCAAAUGCAGGUGGUGUGUGGCGGCCUGGUCUAUGUGGCCAUGUUCAGGAGACAGCUCCUUGGGUGCCUCAACGCGGUAUGGAAGUUCAUCGAGCUUUUUGAGCACAAGCAGGUACACACGAUGAGGCUACCUCAGGCAUGCCGCGUCGAACUGUUACGGUUUGUCGGUCUGUUGCCUUUAGCCCGCCUUGAUUUCAGGCUUGAGUACAGUGAGCAGGUAACCUGUAGCGAUGCAUCAACUACUGGGGGCGGCCUGUGCGCCUCUGUCGCGCUCAGUCGGGCUGGUAGCCUGGCUGCGCAGGGCCACCUCCGCGGACAACUUCCAGAGCUUCGUCAGGAGCACCGAGUCCUUACGGUAGGCCUCUUUGACGGCAUUGCAGCACUUAGGGUCGCUUGUGAUCUGCUCGGGCUUCAAAUCAUAGGUCACAUCAGUGUGGAAAAGGACAAAGUCGCUCAGCGGGUCGUCGCUGCCCAUUUCCCGGAAGCUGUUCAUUUUUCAGAUGUUGCUGACAUCCAGGAAGAUGAGGUCCAAACCUGGGCCAGAGAUUAUUCUCAGGCUUCACUCGUACUUCUCGGGGCGGGUCCGCCCUGUCAAGGGGUGAGUGGCCUCAACGCACAACGCAAAGGUGCACUGCGUGAUGAGCGUUCCGGUCUCUUCCCGCAUGUCAAGCGUAUCUGGCAGUUACUUCGACGCUCCUUUCCUUGGUGUCAAGUCCACUGCCUCAUGGAAAGCGUGGCUUCCAUGGAUCAGCUUGAUAGGGACAUCAUGACAGCAGACUACGGGGAUGAGCCCUGGCGGUGUGACGCUGGGACCCUCUCUUGGACAAGCCGUCCUCGGCUGUACUGGAUCAGCUGGGAGCUGGUUGCACAGCAAGGGGUUGCAUUCAAGGCGGGGAGCGGGGACGCUCCUAGGGAGGUGACUUUGGAGGCUUACCAAGACUUGGAAGAAGUCUGCCAGGAGGGGUGGAUCAAGGUCGAUCCGUCACGGCCCUUUCCAACCUUUACCACCUCCAGGCCAAGGUCGCGUCCUGGGCACAAGCCGGCGGGUGUGCAAUCAUGCAGCUAUGAAGACCUGGCACGCUGGGAGCGUGACUCUUACAGGUACCCGCCAUACCAAUACGCAUCCAAGAAUUUGCUCAUCAAUAAGCACAAUUCCUUGCGCUUACCCUCCAUCGAGGAGAAAGAGUACAUGCUUGGUUUUCCGGUAGGGUACACGGCUUGCUGCUGGCCCAAACAGGGGAGGGGGUCUCCUCAGCAUCAGGAUGCAAGGCACACACUGAUUGGGAACACUUGGAGCGUGCCAGUGGUCGCCUGGCUGCUGGGGCAGUUGUGCGGACCUUUGGGUCUAUGUCCAGCUUACACUCCACAACAGAUCAUCAAUUUUGUCAACCCUGAGCACCAAACCUAUUUACAAUCCAGGUUGUGGCGUUCCACUCUACGGCCUUUGCGCGGGCCGACGCCUAAGGGCGGGGAGCGCCUGGUCCAAAAGUUGGGACAGCUGGUGAGCGUGAAAGGAGAGGACAUCCUACUCUCCACCGCCUCAAGCCAGCUCACCAAAUUCCAUCGUUUGCGUACGUCCAUCCCAGGACGUCUUUGGAAGUGGCAGAUCGUUGCCGGGUGGUCGUGGAAAGGCACGCCCGAACACAUCAAUGCUCUCGAGAUGAGAGCGGUGCUGACUUCACUCAAGUGGAGAAUCCAGCACCAAAAGCAGAUCAAAGGCCGCUUUUUGCAUCUAGUGGAUUCACUUGUGGUCUUACACGCGCUGUCGCGUGGGAGAUCCAGCAGCCGUAAGCUGCGCUCAACCCUGUCGCGAAUCAAUGCCCUCUUGCUUUGUAGCUCAAAUCAGGCCCUGUGGGGCUAUAUCCAAACGGACCAGAACCCGGCAGAUCGCCCCAGUCGUUGGGGGCGCAAAGGGAGAAGCUUGAUCCUCUCCUUUGUGAUUACCUUGAACACCUGUGGAGCACGGGUCAAGAUUGCCUUCUACCUUGAAAUGGCUCAUGGAUUUGGACUUCAUUUGGCCAACGGGACGUUGAUGAUCUCCGCUGGAGGGAGCGAGACAGGAGCGCCGGACAAGCGUGGAUGGACUGUGAAGCGUGGAAAUAGCUUGGGGGGACACGCAGAGGUGAGCAAAGAAGGGCGAAGUUUGAAUCUGAAACCCGGUAGAGUGGUGGCACCGGAAGAUGAUGGUCGCCUAGGCGUCUUGGUCCAGCCAGGCGGUUCGCCAAAACGUUUGAAGCGCAUGAAUCUCCUGCGGGCAGAUCGCAUGGAGGACCGUCAGCUGUUCCUGCAGCUGCUAGCGCUGAAAGGCCUGCGGCUGGUGAUGCCGGGGCUCAAGCAGCUGCUGAAGGAUGAUUUGGGGCUGAUCCUCUUGGUGUCCUCCUACGUUUCAGAAGCUCCUCAGUGUUUGUACCACUUUGGCGGUUUCAUGCGCAGAGUUUGGAUGGAGAAUUAG